UGCUAGAAGAGAAGGACGCGGUCCUAUGGAUAAAAAUGGUAUGGACGAAAGUCAGCUUGACGAGGAUGUCGUCGAGCUUAAUGGAUUUGGAGUUCCGAGGGACGAACUAGGCAAAAUGGCGACGGAGGAUGAGAUAGAUAAUCAUAGGAGCGAGGGAGGACCAGGCUCAGGUGGCAGCGCCGUACAAAGCGAGGAGGCUGAGAAGGACAGAGAAUCGAUGAAUCCCGAUGGUGCCAAGGGGAAUAGGAAGGAAAUCUCCUUAGGGGAAAGCUCGGGGAAAGUCGGGGGAAGCAAGCAAGGGACCCAAGAGACCAGGGAGGGUAGAAAUAAGGACAAGUUGAGCCCGCGAAAUUCGGACGAAGUUGUAUCGAAGAAAGUGAGAGUCACGGAUGUGAGGUGCAAACUAGCAGAAAUAGAAAAGAGGACUGCGGAGUACAAGGCAAGAUUGAUCGAGGAGAUGAUGAUGGGGAACGAGGAGGAUCCUCCACAGGAAGAACCACGGGGUGAGCGGAAAGCCGGACAAGGCGAAAGUAGACAAGGGGGUAAGGAUAAUGAUCGCGGAGGGAGACCAAGCAAUAGGAAGAAGGAGAGAGAGAAAUCCCUGGGGAUGGAAGCUGAGAAAGCUACGAAUCCACCAGCCAUAGAUAGUAGGGCUAGCCGCCUGCUGGCCACGCUAGCAGCAAUGUCAGGAUGCGAAGUGCUCUGGAGCCUUAGGGAAAGGGUGUUGGGGUGGUUCAACCCGGAGGGGACUGCGAAGACUAGAGAAAGAUAGACGGUCGGCAAGGAGGGACAAGAUACCAGCACGACAGGCGAGGCUAGUAGCUCCGAAGGCGGCCUCAGGAACAUAGUGUCGUGCCCCGCACGAGCACUAAACAAAAACCAGGGCUACCUCGCAGGCGCUAAAAAAAAAUUGACAUAUGACGGGCCAAACAUCACAGAGUUCCUAAUAGAUUACGAGAACCUGGCGGCACUGUUGAAGUGAACCGAAUAAGAAAAGAUGGACCACCUAGGACAACAUGUGUCAUUAAGCCGAGGACGAGACAUAAUGACCAUCGUAGCCGCGAGCCGAUCCUGGAAGGAAACUCGGGAUGUAAUGAUGAGGAAGUACCUGGCAGCGGAGAAAAUGGCAACAAAGGCCGAUUUAGCGA